GAACACACACACAGACACAGGUACACACGAACACACACGCGCACUCCCGCUCCCCUCGCCCCGCCUGUGCAGCGUGGAGGAGGCGCGACUGCGGGGUGUGGGUGUGGUGGUGGUGGUCUUAGUGGUUGGUAGUCGUGGUGGUGGUAGUUGUUGUAGUCGUGGUUCGUGGUGGUGGUAGUUGUUGUAGUCGUUGUGCUGGUGACAAUCGUGGUCGAGGCGGUCCAAGUGGAUGUGCCCGUGGUGGUGGUGGUGGUUGUAGUCGUAGUGGUCGUCGUGAUUGGCUUUCGUGCUCCAGCUGGUCGUGGUGGUUGACUUGGUCACGGUCAUACGUGGUGGCCGUGAUUCGUGGCGAUCGUUAUAAUUGUGGUGGUCGUGUUGGUCGUGGUCUCGGCGGCGGUGGCGGUGGCGGUGGUGUUGGUUGCGGUGGGCAAUUUAUCGCCACCAAAACAAGCAAACAAAACGAAAAAAAAAAGAGAAAUGUGUCUUCAGCUCGCUCCGAUCUGACGCGCAAAUGCGCCGCGCGCGCUCAGGACGACGCUGACGAGGAGCCGCGCCACGAGGAGGGGAUGGAGAUGGAGGAGGAGAGGAAGGUCCGUGGUGAGGAGGUGAAGGAGUCGUCCCUCAGCCCCUCCGACCCCAUCUCGCCGGACCUCCAGUGAGACCAGCUGAGUGGAUUUACCCACCGCCACCACCUCCGCCCCAUCAACCAGAAGUUGGAAUUUGUAAACGGACUCGACCCAGUUCCCAACAUUGGCUGUGGACAUGACGCCGGGUCCCGGGAACAUGGUGAUGCUGCUUCUGCUCAUCUGCCCGGCUCACAUAAUCGGCAUCUGGUGGUCGAUGGGGGUGCCCCUGGGAGGAGACCCCAACGGGAUCUGCCGCAAGGCGAGGAGGUUGGCGGAGCUGUGCCUCGCCGAGCCGGGGGUGGUGGCCGAGGCGGCAAAGGGAGCGCGGCUCGGCCUUCGGGAGUGCGGAUUUCAGUUCCGAGCGAGGCGCUGGAACUGCACGGGGCACGGGAAGGGCUUCGACAGGAUCCUGCAGCAGGACAUCCGCGAGACGGCCUUCGUGAACGCGAUCAUGGCUGCGGGGGUUCUCUACGCCGUCACCAAGGCGUGCAGCCUGGGCGAGCUGCCCCAGUGCGGCUGCGAGGACGCGAGAGGCAGGCGACCCCCACUGCCCUCAACCUCCUUCUCAUCACCAUCGUCACCAUCGUCGCCAUCGGCGGCAGCGGCGGCGGCGGCGGCGGCGGCCACCGCUAUCCACCAGCCCCCUUCGCUGGGGGGGGCGCCCUCGCCCCUGGCGCGGGGCCCAGCGGCGGCGGGGGUCGAGGUGUGGGAGUGGGGUGGCUGCGGAGACGACGUGGCGUUCGGCUACGACAAGUCGCGCCUCUACAUGGAGCAGCAGCGGCGACGCCGGAGCGGCAGCGACAUCAAGUCCCUGCUGGACAGGCACAACCACGAGGCCGGGCGGCUGGCCCUGCGGGAGCACACGCGAGUCGAGUGCAAGUGCCACGGCCUCUCGGGCUCGUGCGCCCUCCGCACGUGCUGGCGCAGGAUGCCGUCGUUCCGCGACGUGGGCGACCGCCUGCGCGCGCGCUUCAACGGCGCCUUCAAGGUGAUGGGCAGUAACGACGGCCGCUCGCUGACGCCCGUCGGGGGCAACGCCAAGCCGCCCGGCGCCCGCGACCUCCUCUACUCGGCGCGGUCGCCCGACUUCUGCGCGCCGAACCGACGCACGGGCUCGCCGGGCACGCGCGGCCGGGCCUGCAACGCCACCUCGCCCGACACGGGCGGCUGCGAGCUGUUGUGCUGCGGCCGCGGCGUCCGGCGCGAGAGCGUGGUGAGCAGCGAGGCGUGCCGGUGCCGCUUCCAGUGGUGCUGCGUGGUGCACUGCGACAAGUGCUCGGUGCGGCGCGACCUCAGCGUGUGCCUCUGAGCGCCGGCGCAGGUUGC